UCUGUCCAUUUAUAAAUGUUACAGCAGGCGGUUCAUUAAUUUGUUUCGUGGGACAUUCUAGGAGAGUCACCGAUCAAUUCAAUCGAUGAUUUAAGCGACCCUCGGAAGGUAACACAAUAAGCAGGUAGCUAUCAGUCAUCCAUCGUCCUCUGGACCGCCAACAGAUCAACAUGAAAAGAAUAUUUCUAUAACAAACCAGGCGAUGGAAAUAGAUGUAAUCUGACCAAAUACCAGCCCUGGCGAACCUCCCCUCUUUGUAUGAUGGGAAAGUUGGAUAGGUUCGACAUAGUGUUUGAAAACCCAGACGGUGUCUGCGUAUCCGGAAACCCCCUCAGUGGUUCCGUUAUUUUGGAACUUUCUGGAAAAUUGAAAAUUUGUGAGUUGUUGCUCCGUUUCCAUGGUUACGCCAGUGUGUGCUGGGUGGAGCGACAGUCCAGUGGUCACGGUAAGAACAAGAGGGCCGUGGCCAAGCACUACUCCAGCGACGAGAUCUACUUCGACCACACCGUAAACGUCAUCGGGAAUAAUGGCAGGGAUAUACAGGUCCUCGCGGCUGGGCACCACUCCCUCCCAUUCGAGUUCCACCUCCCUGCCGAUUGUCCUACGUCAUACGAAGGCUCCAUUGGUCGCGUGCGUUACUACGUUUCCGCUAAAAUCCGGAAGUUAUACGAAAUCGAACACACCACAAUGAAACUAUUCACUGUGAUUCAUCACCUUGACCUGAACAACGACCUACGUUUGCUGCAACCUGCGGAGGCAAGCAAUGAUAUGACCCUGUGCUGCCUCUGUUGUAAGUCAGGACCAAUCUCUGCCACGCUAUAUUUAGAAACAAUAGGCUUUGUCCCGGGAGAGGGGAUUCCCAUCCACGUGGAGAUUGAGAACAGAAGUGGAAGGAAAAUUUCCGCGGCCAGUGUUACGUUACUCAUGGUGGUACGAUAUAACACAAGUAAAAAGUCGAAGACACACACCAAUCAAGUGGCGUCCCUGUGCAAGGACGAAUGGAAUGCUGGGAAGACGGAAAUGUGGACGGGAGAGCGAUUGAUUAUACCCUCCGUACCGCCCUCUUAUCUCAUCGGCUGUGAUAUCAUCGAAAUAUCGUAUGUUCUAGAGCUGAAGGUCCAUCCCUCUGGCCCAGCGUUCACUCUACCGGUCAAAAUGGAGGUGGUUGUGGGCACGAAACCCUUGAAGAACUCUACCAAUAAUUUUACCUACAGCGGGUCGGGAGUCUCGCUAAUUUCACCAAUUCACCGAACCAACGAACAACAGAACAAACUUUGUGUGACCUUCACGGAGAGUGUCCUUGGAAAGGUCACUGUCGAUGACGACAGAGAAUGUGACGACAUUCCUCAUGACAUCACUUUCGCACCUGUGUAUCCGUACCAUUCUCUCUCCAACAAAACAGACAGUUUCCAGGUGAAAAGUUCGCCAAAGCCUGGGGACAAUGGUUUCAAGAGAUAGGACAGGCCUUGUCAAUGUUUGUCUUCAUAUAAAGUGUUGAAUUUGCCAAGACAGCAUGAAUUCUCGUAUACCACAAGUGAUACGUUGUAUCUCUGCGCGUGCUUCACGGACACGUGACAUUAGGGCACCUGACGUGAUGACGUUCUGUCUGUUGAUAGAGACGUUGGCUGUAGAACGGCUUUUUGGUGACGGUGGUGUGUAUCGCUGUUUAGACAGUGAGAAUGAGCGGGUUCUGGUGAAUUACUGACGUUGGAAAGGAUUGUGACGCUAUGGAAACGCAGGAAACAGAUUUACUUUGUAAAUACUAGUAAUCCAGGCAGAUCCUAAUCUUUAUUUUUUAUAAGUAACCAUGAAUACUAUUAAUAAUUUUGCGUUGAUGAAUGUGAUUUUGUACAAUAAAUUAUAUUACUUUUAUCUAUCUGCACUUUUACAACAAUACAAAGACAACAGACAUACAUCACAAAGAAACGUCUCAGAUGUGUUUACUACAAGUAUAAAUUAAAACACAUCCAGUAUUUCCCAGAUUAUUGCAGUUUUAAUAGCAAUAAACAUCGCGUUCUGCAUUCAUAUGUUCCCUGUGAACGUCUGACUCUCUUUGAGAUGACAAAGGUUUCUGUAAUAACUUUCAGGUAUUGAUCUGCUGCCAACACUGUGAUGUAUGGCCGUGUUACAAACUUUAAUUUUACAAGCACACAUAUCUA